AUGGAAAACAGGUUUUUGGUUCUUGCUCUAUCACUUCAUAGAUCUUUUCCUCUUUUUAAUGACGAAGAAUUGGUGUUGAACGAAACCAAACUCACCAAGGGUAAGUAUAGAUCGGUUCGUAGAGUAUUCAUCAUACGCGAUCAAGAUUAUGCGAUCAAUGAGGGUCUAAGGUGGAUGAUCGAGCGGAAUCCACCUAAUGAAGUGAAGAUCAUAAAUGGGACGGAUCACAUGGUUAUGUUCACUAGACCUCUAAAACUUGACCCAAACAGCACAAUAGUCCCCAAGAGGCACUUUGUGUUGGUUCAUGGGGGUGGUCAUGGGGCUUGGUGCUGGUAUAAAAUCACAGCCUUUUUACAAUCCAACGGUCACAAUGUCACAGCAAUUGAUCUAACGGCUUCAGGGAUCAACCCACGACAGAUUAAUGACCUUAAAUAUAGUUCAGUGUUGGAUUAUAUUCAGCCGUUGAUGGAUUUCGUGGAAUCUCUCCAACCAAAGGAGAGGGCUAUCUUGGUGGGCCAUAGUAUGGGUGGGCUGGGCCUCUCCAUCGCCAUGGAGAAGUUUCCCAACAAAGUUUCUGCUGCCGUUUUUGUCACUGCUCAUAUGCCUGGUCCUCACUUACGUGACUAUAACAAAAGAGAAUACACGAAGAGCGGGUUCUUUUAUGGAUUCAGAAUAUAUAUAUAUGAUCAGGGUCCUAACAACCCUCCAACAGCUGUAAAAUUUGGGCCUAACAUGUUGGCAUCAAAGUUGUACCAGCUUUCCCCACCAAAGGAUUUGGCUCUUGCAAUAUCAUUACUGAGACCUUACCCCAUUUUUAAUGAUGAAGAAUUGGUGUUGGAACAAACCAAACUUUCCAAGGGCAAAUAUGGAUCAGUUCGUAGAGUAUUCAUCAUAUGCGAUCAAGAUCAUGCGAUUGACGAGGGUCUACAGAGAUAUAUGAUUGAGCAGAAUCCACCUAAUGAGGUGAAGGUCAUAAAUGGGACUGAUCACAUGGUCAUGUUCACCAGACCACUAAAGCUUUUUUCAUUCCUUGGCGAGAUUGCUGAGAAGUAUUAUUGA